AUGAGCGGCAUCCCCCAAACGUUCUUCUCCUCCCCCCUCCGCUACAUCCGAUGGGCGUUCCACGAGAAGCCCGCGAUCGCAUGGUCGAUGGUUCUGGGCGGGAUGGGGCCUCCGUUGCUGUAUGCGCUGCCGAAGGUGCGGAGGAGAUUUGGGGAUGAGGAUCCGCCUGAGGUUCCGCAUAGCUAUCCUGCUCCGAUCAGCGCCGGACGUAAUCCCUUCGACCCUGCUCACGAGGAGGACUCCAUGCCUGAGCUACUUGCAUUGCCGCCUGUCUCCGAAUCUCAGAUCAAGCUCAACAUAACAUGA